AUGCCGCCGGCUGGUCAAUCAUCCGUGUCCAAAGUCCCGGCACGCCUCUCGUCCACCAUGAAGGGUCUUUUCUCACUCGCUUCCGUGCUCCUCGCAAGCGUCCUCACGAGGGCGCACCCCGUCGUGGGGCGUGCUGGACCAUUCCUCUCCCAGGUCAAUAAUGAGACGUGGGUCAUUGGUAACGAGCUGUGGAACCUCACGCAACAGCGCACCUACGGCGUGAAGUUAUUUUACAAAGAGCGCGAUCUUGUUGGCGAAGCUGUCGGCCACUAUGUGUCCUAUAACGGUGCGGCGUCCAAUCUCAACUGGACAACGGCCUCGAUCACCUCAUCCGGAAUGGAUGAGGCUGGCCCCUGGAUUGAUGUGUGUUUCACUGCUAUCGAAGGGGAUAUGCAUUGGGUGAUCCACACUGGACUGGCAGGAGCAUACCAGUACUUCGUAAACCGUGCGGUGCCCGUCUUGGGCGAGUUCCGAACACUUUGGCGGCUCGACAACGCUACUUUCCCCCGGGGGCACACCAGCCGUCGCGACGAGCCCCUGCCGCCGCUAUCUGAAUACCUGCCCGAGCUCAAGGUGCAGGACGAGACAUGGCUGCGUCCGGAUGGAACAGGAUACAUUACCAAAUAUGACUUUUCGGCUUUUGUGCGCGAGCAGACGGCCUAUGGAGUAUAUGGCGAGGGCUUCGGCAGCUGGUACAUCAAUCCGGGCAAGGAUUACUACAACGGGAACCAUCUCAAGCAAGAACUAAUGGUCCACCGCGAGAGUGCAACGGGAGAUGCGGUCCAGCUCAAUAUGAUCCAUGGCACCCACUUCCAAGUCAGCAGCCAGGAUGCUUUUCCGGUUGGGAAAGUAUGGGGGCCAUGGCUGUGGUUACUUAACGACGGUUCUGUCGAGGACGCCGAGGCCCGGGCGCAGGACGAGUUCGCCGCCUGGCCGUACGCCUGGUUCGAGGAUGAGGCCUACCAACGCCGCGGGAGCGUGAGCGGCCGCCUUGUGCUUUCGGACGGGCGGCCCGCAGCCCACGCAGCCGUGUUCCUGGGCGACAACGCGCCCAACAAGACGGCGCUCGACAUGGGCAGUGACUACUACUAUGCAGGUUACGCGGACGCCGACGGCAACUUCGCCUUCUCGGACGUGCGCGCCGCAACAUACGGGCUACAAGCGUGGUCGAACGGCAGUUCCAUCGCGGACGUCACGACUUCGCUACUCCAAAAUGGCGUCGAAGUCUCGGCGGGUGAGGACUCGGACCUGGGCGAGGUGGAGUGGGCAGUCUCGGCGCGUACCAAGCUAUUUCAGGUGGGCGACUUUGACCGGUACGCGUACGGGUUCAACAACGGCGGGGCACCGUACCAGCACGGGCUCGUUGCCUCAUGUCCGGCCAGCCUCACGUACACAGUCGGAUCCUCGGACCCGGCGGAUUGGUGUUUCGGGCAGACGUGGCUCGGAAACUGGACCAUCCGCUUCGAGAUCCCCUCCAAUGCCAGUGCGUCAGCCGCGGGGGCCGGACAGGCGGCUCUCAUCGUCUCCCUCGCCGGCUACAGCACGGGCGCCAGCUCCAACGUCUAUGCCAACGACAAAGUCAUUGGAAACCUGACGAGUGGGACACCGCAGCUGUUGAACGACCCGGGCUUGUACCGCUCCGCUACGGUGGCUGGCGAGUGGAGGUAUUUUGAGUUCCCUUUUGACGCCGGGCUGUUGAGUGCGGGCUGGAAUACCGUCACGUUCCAGAUGACGCGUAGCACGACCUGGAAAGGCUUUAUGUGGGAUAGUAUUGCCCUGGAGUGGUAA